UUCUCCCGUUAGGAACUACGUCCCAUAAUACGCUGCGAGGCGGACAAGGAGGGCGGGCCGUCCGGUCGUUGCCAGGGGACACCGGUGAGGCUGGCAGUGUUACCGAGGGAUAGAUAUUAACCUGUGAAGAUUGCUGUAUCUUUAUCACCAAAGGGACAAUUUGGGAGAGUCUCUGGCCUGUGGUUCCUGCUUGGAAUUCUGUGAAGCUGGCAGAAAUUAUCAAUGGAACUACAUCAAUGCCCACCCUUUGUAACGCACACAGGAACAGCAAGAGUCAGGGUGCUUGAAUUUGGACAUCCUAGUUUGCUAAAUCCCAGUCCGGUUGUUAAAGAUGAAACUGGUCUCCUUAUUGAAGAAUAUCUUUCACCCUCAAAACUGCGAGCCCUGACUGCGACUGAGGACCUGCAACUGGUGAAAGUUCUGGAGAUGUGCGUGGACACACAGGGUAGCAGUCUAGGAAACUUUGGUGACUAUUUGCCUAAUCUGGUUGAACUAAAGCUGAACGGAAGUUUUAUUACAUCAGUGCGGGACCUUGGAACAUCAUUAACCAACCUCCAGGUGCUCUGGAUGGCUCGCUCCAGACUAACAGACUUGGAUGGAAUUCCUGCUUUCUCUUCUCUAAAGGAACUAUAUGUGGCGUACAACAACAUCUCAGAUGUUAGCCCGGUGAGCAUGCUAGAGCACCUGGAAGUGCUCGACCUGGAAGGGAACAAUAUCAAAGAUAUUGUGCAGAUCCACUACAUAGCUCUAUGCUGCAGGCUGAAUACCCUCACGCUGGAAGGAAACCCUUUGUGCUUUCAACAAAACCCAGGGGCUUCAGAGGGCUCUGCAGAGAGUGGUGCGGACAGACCAGCGCAUUGUGGAGCUUCCCAUGAUUCAGGACAUUUACAAGGACAGGAUUCAAAUGCUAACUACAGGAAGGUAGUCAGAAAGCUAAUUCCACACUUGAAGUAUUUGGACGAUAUUCCUGUGAGUGAGAACUGUACUCGGUUUAACCAUACCGCCAGUGAGGACUGGCUGAUUGUGAAGGAAGCAAUUAAGGAUGGAAUCUCGGCCAAGGACCUUGGAAACCUAGAUGCUGUUGUUGGCCCAGGGAGAUCAGCUUCUUGGCAGCAUCAAACCUCUUCAUCUACGAGACAGUCGACCUGCCAGAGACCCUACAGUGCUGGGAGAGUCUCCACACUGUUACCCACUGGCACCUACAGGAUAGGAGCUGCUGACAACUGGCUUCAAGAUGGUGCCAGUGACCUAACACACGGUACGGGAAGCAUCUUUUGUGGAAAUCCUGUCACAGCUCUCCGUGCAAGAAAGAAGAAACAAGGUUCAUCUUGUACUGGGACAAGCAAUUGGUUCAGUCAUUUUACCCACUCACCAGAACACACAUAUGAUUCUCUGGAAAUCGACAGCAGGACACGAGAAGAUAUUUUUGCAGAGCUAAGGGCCUGGAGAGCAGAACAUCACAGGCACCUCGAAGCUAUUAUUAAGGAACAAGAACCGCAGGUGUUGAAGAUUCAUCACAAUGAUGACAAUGCUGUACAAGACAGUAUCAAUGAGGAGGAGAUGAUGACCAUCAGCUCUAACGAAUGGAGUGACCCAGUUUCACCAGAACCUGCGUACUCAUCGCCUCUCCAUCCUUCACCCCCAACAGGUAUGCCCUCUGACAUGGAAGCUUCACUGGUUACAGCCUUCAAUCAGGCACUGUCUCCCACUCCUCCGUCACCUCAGGAAGCAGUUGCAAACCAACAUAAUGUCCUUGACUUCAGGGUUAGACGCUUGAGGAGAAUCCUCCGUAAAGGAAACAAGCACACGCAGAAAGAGGACAGAAGUUCUGCUCCAUUUGCUGAAGACAGUGCAGCCUCGAAUUUACCCAGUGUUAAAGUGCAAGAUAUGCCUGCUGAGCUGAUGGUGAACUCUGGUAUGGAGAGCCUCAGACCAGUGUCUGGGCUGGCCACAGUUGGAUCACGAGCCACGAGAACACAGGUUGACAAGAGAUCCCAUAAAGUUAUUGCUAACCAUCAGCCAAUAAUACGAUCGUCCACAAGGACACCGGAGCGUCCCCUUGCCUCGAAUGCUGUCCGGCCACUGACUGCACAGGCUGCCUUACAGAGGCUGCCAAAUAGAGCCUUCCUUCUGCCCAGCAAAGGGAGCAACAUCAAACACUGAGGACUGGCAAUCUGCUCCUGUCGAUCUGAAGUGAUGCCGUUCAUUUCAGCUGGGUUGUAACUGAAGCACACAGAGGAGGUGAAGAUCACAGUGAUGGUAUCUCUCCCAAGCCCUUUCAAUGGAACAGAGCCAGUGC